AUGGGUAACUCGAACAGUCACGGUAGCUCGUACGCGACCAGCGACACGCAAGUGCUACCGCAACACUCGUGGGCGUACUCCUUCCCGCGGUCCCAGUACUUCAGGCCGCCCGCGGCCGGAUCCAAAGUUCUACCGCCCCACGUGCCGGGACAACGGUUGAGGCCCACCGAAAACGGGUCCGUGCUUCACAGCGUCGGCACCAUCACCGGUAAACGGCCGUACGAGUAUUCGCACCAUGAUGAGGUGAGUGGUACAUCGGUAAUGUCAUUCGGUGUGAUCGAGUAGGACAGCGAAGAGUAAUAUUCCUUACUGGGAACGAUCAUUUAAUGAAUAACGUGUUGACGGUCACUAUAUAAUAGCAUUCGUUUUUUUUUUUAACGAUUGUUUAAACCAUAUUUUACUUUUGAUUAUUACUGAUAACUACUAUACAAUGUCUUUGAGAAUAUACGUCUACAUAGGUAUACUGUUAUUGUGUGCCCAUGUGGAUCCUAAUGACUAAAGCGAUAACAAAACGGUUUCAAUAUUGUCGCACUGUGAUAUCGUUUACGUUAAAAUACUCUAAUACACAUAACGCAUCAAAACUAAGCGAUUCUAAAUUGACAAAAAGCUAUAAGAAUAAUAGCGAAUUGCUAUAGCAGUCGUGGCCGUCAGUGUUGAAUAAAAAAUUUACCCCGUUCAAAACCGUAUUUUACAAGUAUUUGCGUAUAAAACAAACAAGAUAAGCGCGUCUUAUAAGCGACCACUAAUGAAUUUUGAUAUCGAAUCGCUCGAAAAAAGAUCAAAGUUUAAUGAUGCGUUUUGGCUCUACAAGUUUUAUAAUUCUCAAAUCGACCGUUCAAAGAUAUUUUAUCAAAUACUUUUGAACGUUCCCCGCGUUAAUACUCGCGUAUCACAGACAUUUUACACGUCUAACUAUACCACCGAAAUUACAGUAAUUUUGCUCCGACCUAUAGAAUGCUAAUAUAUACUACAGAUCAUUCGCUAAAACAUUUCGAUUUUAUAAACGAUUACUUAAUCCGGAUGAAAUCCCGGCCAGAUCUGUGUUUUUUAAACUGUUAAUUGGCGGACUUUUUAACUCCGAAAUUGUAAAAAUGUAUGGUAGGAAGGGUAAUAAAAUGCACAUCUAUUUUUCAAUGAUACAUUAAUAAUUAUAAUUCCCUACAUCUCUGGUCUAAACAGAUAUAAUUCACAUAAAAUAUAUCUGAUAUUAGUGUUAUAUGUGUAUCAAAAUUUCUAGACAAAUAUUUUCUAUUCAAAUCUAUGUUCAAAAAGGAGGAGGGAGCUUCCUAUUUGAAAAACAAAAGUAUAUACUUAUUUAAGAUAUACGGAGUAGGUGUAAAAAAUUAAAAAUAGUUUUAUAAUAAAACUUAACCUAACCUAACCGAUUCCACAAUGAUUAGAAAAAUAAAAACACAGAAAUCAGAUUCACUUAAAAUCCUCCAAAGAAAAUUGCUAGUUCAUGAUAAAAAAAAAUGAUAAGAAAAAUCCAUUUUUGAUACAACCAGUCGAUCUAAUAGUAAAAUAAAACUGAAUUAUUGCCACGCUUCUCGGUAACAAAUAUAUAUAUAUAUUUAUAGGCAUAUAAUAUAUAAAAUAACUAAUACAUAUAAAAAUCAAUAGCUGUAUUCGCUUACAAUAAUUUCAUAGAUAAUAAUUUAUUGUGACCGUGAAUCCGUUAUUUACGAAUGAAAACCGUACAAUAUAAUAAAAUAUUAAUCCUUGAAAUAUUAUGUAUGAAAAAAAAAAAUUAAAAUAUCACGGUAAAUAUUACCGGUUAAAUAUUAAAAAACGAAUAUUGCAAAGUACGCAUAAAAACUAUGCGGGAUACCUUCGGCGGUGCACCUAAGCAUGCGUGUACUAAAUUUGCCUAUCCAAAACUCCUCGUUACUAUAGUUUGUACAAAAUACCGGUUAAAUGAAAACAAAAUAUUUAUGCAUUUCUAUAUUAUACAAGGAUGACAUUUUUAGAUUCUGAACGAAGCGAGGAAUGUAUUGGUUUUAUUAUGAUGUUUAUUUAUUUAUUUUUUUUUUUUUGUGUGAACACUUUUUCUACCAGAAAGCUUACAUCGAUUAUCAAGUGUAGCACCUUUUCUAAAAGGAAAUUCUGUCUGGGUGGUACUUUAUAGCAGUCAUUUUUUUUUAAUUCUCGUUAAUAUUCAACAUAAUGAAAAAAAUCUGGUUCUUUAGAUUAAAAAAUAUUUAAAGAUUAAAAAUAAAGUUGUCAUUAGCAACCGUUUUUGUUUAUUUUUCGUUAUUAUUAAAUUUUUAUUAUUUUAAAUCUUUUUUAAACAAUCAUUGCUGUACAAAUUUUACCAUAAAAUAACAUAAAUUUUAUAUUGUUGACAAAGCAACACUAUCAACUGUACUCUGCUCAGAAUCAAUUUUUCGUUAACAAAGGUCUAUCGUUGCUUACAUUGAAUUCCCGUCUGUAUCCUACCUUCCCAACUUCCCUCCUACAAAAGUGGCUGCACCCACGUAGUGCAUACGUAAAGUAUGUCCACCUUUCAGUAUUUAUUUAUUUUUUUAAAUUCAGUUUAAAAUAUUUGUAAGAUCUUAAAGUUUGAACAGAAAACUUAUAUUUGUCUUUUAUGAACGUGGUAAAAUGUUCAAAAUAUUUUUGCCAUUUUUGAGCUGUUUUUAGACAUUUUAAUAUUAUGGGUUUUAUUACAUAAUUUUUGGUCUGUGGAUAAAAUUAUUAGACCAAAUAGAAAUUCUAAAAACUUCAACAUCACGUUCAUUAUUACUCGUAGUUUGUGGUAAAUAAAAUUUGAAUUUGAUGGAGAAUUUUUUUUUUUUUUUUUAUAAGAAUUUUAAUAUAAAAUGUUUAUAAAAUUCUAAAAAAUAUUACGGCCUAAUAUAUAAAUAUUACAAAACAACACUAUUAACCGAACACCGCUCGGAAUCGUUUUUCGUUAUUAAUGAUUAAUCUUUGUAUAUACACAUUAAAUUUCCCCUCUACCUUCCGAACUUCCAACCUACAACAGUGGCCCACCCAUUGUGCGAAGUAUGUCCGUAUUUUUUUGUUCUUCGUUUUUUUUUUUUUUCUAUUAUUUCAAAUAAUUCGAUUAUUUUAAUAUUGAAAUUACAAAUCAUAAACCAGCGAUUAAAAUCUGAUAUCGGAUAACAGUGUAUUAAUUUAUACUAUAACUUGUAUGCUUCGAAUUUUUUUUUUUUUAUUAUUUUAAUUUUAAUUUUAAUUAUAACACAUACAAUCUGUAAAUACACUUUUUACAACAAGCAUGUAUGCUUCGAAUUAAAACCAAAAUACCCGAAAUAAUUCGCACCGCAGUUGCUGUUGAGGGUGGAAAGUUUACGUCGUUAGAAUUUCGUCAGCGACGAUAAAUUACUUCAAACAAAAAAUCAUUCUGAGCGGUGCUAGCACGCGAAACGCCGCGAUGAUUUGUACGAUUUUAGUCGUCAAUUUUCACGGGCGUCGAGUAUAAAGGCGGGUACGUCGCGCCUACGUUACGUUAAAUUGUAAAUGAUGAACGCGAGACGGACGGCGGACAAGAUAGCGACGGCGUUCACUAGUCCCACGGUUAGGUUUCAGCUUAGGUAGCAAAUCAGAUAAGGCGACUAGGCGACUUCGAUUUUGGUAGAGGGCUACGGUCUCACCACCAGAAUUGAUAACUUAAAAUAACCCAUAGACGCUCGUCCCCACCUUUCUUUACCAUCACAACACAUUCUGGACAAAGUGAAAAACGUAUUCGGUUUACAGCGGUAUGUCGUGAGCAAAGUAAACCAAUCGUUAGCUGUACUCAAAAUUCCAUACGCCCGUCAUUAGUACCUUAAAACAUUAAUUACUAUAAUGCCGAAUUCGUUUACCCGUAAUACGAUAGUAAUAUAGAUAUUUUUCCACCUAUAAGUGUUUCCAUCUGUAGUUUUACUUUAAAACAUUAGAGUUUUAACAACAUUCGUUUGUCGUUUUUUUUUUUUUUUUUCAAAUUACGAAAUAAUACUACUCAACAAGUAUUAUCAACACGAUAUUUUUAUGUGGUCUGAACCACUGGGUAUUAUGUAUUAGAUUGAACGGUCGGUCGAACGUUUUAUUAUAACCAUUAACUUACUGACUACAGUGAAUUGUCCGAUUAAAAAAUCUCCGAAAGUAUCGCUGAACGCGACAAUAUUGCACAGUGUGUAAUUUAAAACUACACUCUAUGACAGAUUCGUGUAGAAUAAAUGCAGGUAGGUUGACGUGCGAGGUUUCAAAUAUGUAGGUAUAUCCAAAACCGAUUUACCGGGUUUUAAUUGUUUACUGAUACGAAUUGUUUGAUAAGAAACCUUGUAACCGGAUUUAAGGUCAUUCCUUUGGUAUGUUAUCAUAAUAUGAAAAUACCGCAAAAAUGCAAUCGCAUUUAUAUAAAACUUUGUACACUAAUAUUCCGUGUAUCUGUGUAUCGAUUAAAAAAAAAAAAAGAAUAAUUAAAUUUUGACUUACGGGGUUUUUCCGCGACGCCGUCGAUAUUAUAUUGCGUCCGUCUGUAUCCAAGGAACGUGAUAUUGAUUGCGUUUUGCAUAGAAAUGUGUAUUUUCGGAAAAUGUUCGCCGACACGUUCACCGUAAACGAAAAAUAACAAAACGCACUUUGGAACUAAUUAAUAAUAUUACGCGAACGCACGCGGCCGGUUUUUGCGACGAUAACGUUAUUCGACGAUUUUCCAUAACUGAUAUUCAACGUGUGUUUUGAUAAAUCUGUCGGUGAAAAUAAGGAAGUAUUAUUAUUGGCCGGGGCAAAUCUAUUGACAGUGUGACCAAUGGGUAUACAUUUACGUAUCAGUGUACACCAAAAUCAAAUCCGCGUAGAUACGCGCACUAUAGAUACGUAGGUACAAUGGAAACGCCGUGUUUUAUCGAUUGUGUUAUUGUAUUAUUGUAUUGAUAUAAUCGAAAUUUUAUCAUAUCUAUAAAUAGCUAACAUCAGUAUUCUGUCAAUAGUUCCAGUCCUUGUAAGGUAAAAAAAAAAAGUACAAUUGAAAAUAAUAGAUAUCGUUUUACCUACAUUUUCCCUCUCCCCUGGUUUUUCCGAGAAUUGGGAAAAUUACUUGAAAAAUCGAAAUAAAAACCUCUCCGUACGCCUCCUCCCUCCCUAUUGUUAAUGAUCUGAGCAAUACUUUUAGUAGACAAAUUGUAAAACGAUUCAUUUGGCUACUCAACUUGCGAUUAAUUGUAUUAUUAUUAUAAGUAGGUAUUGGUUUAUGACAUACAACCUACUUAAUUCAAAAAUAACACGUUAUUUUCUAACUAAAAGCUCGAUAUUAUGAUAAAACGUUUUAGUUACACAAAUCAUUUUGACUAUUUUGUGGUUUCAGCCCCAACAUGGAUACGAAAUGCAAAGACACAUACAACGCGAUGGUCGGCGAGAUCGUAUGGGGUUUAAUAUGUACACCAGCGAACCAGACUUACGAUUUGCAGACUCCAGACAACCGCCGCCAAUGGGUUACCAGAAUCAACAUCAUAAUCAGGGAGAUAACGGAGCUGUCAAAGGUAGAAUGUCCAGAUCGAAAAAGAAGUAUAGGGCCCCUCAAAUACCUAUUUCUUCUUCGCAUCACAAUGGGGUGAGUGUAAUGAUAAUUUCGAAUUAAAAAAUGUGUGUAUCAAUACUAAUAUUUAAACAUUUUAUGCGAUUCGUAAAUCGUAUUUUAUUUACCGCGUAGAUCGAUAGUUCUUCUCCGGACUCGUAUCAACACUGGGAACACCAAAGAGAUAAUAGUAGAUCUAGUCAAAACAACGGUAUGCCUAGGUUAAGAUUAUUUAAAACCAGAGCUGAAACAAAACGUAAGCUCAGCAAAGAUGAAUUCAAAGAAAUUCAGCCACAAGUUAACCCUCAACCUAGCAAUCUACACCGAAGCAUGUCAUCCCCUCAAUUUCAAGUAAGUGAAAAAUACAACUUGGUAGUUGUUGCAUACUUAUUAAUUGUUUAUGCAUGCAAUGUAUUUCGUUUAUUAAAUGGUUAAAUUUAAUUUCACCGUUCAUUCAUACGAAAUCUAAAUAUUUUAUUGUUAAUAUGAUAUACGAAUUAACUGUUAAAUAAAGGUACCUAAACCGUAUUUAUUUUCAUUUAAUUUACUUAUUAAUAUUAAACAUUUUCCAAAAAAUCAUACAUUUGGUAACUACCAUAGAAAUAGUACUACCUACAAAAUAAUUAAUUAUUAUACUCAUGUUUCAAAUUUAAUUACUAACUAUAGUGUUUACUAUAAUUUUUGUUCAUAAAUAAAAUAAAUAUAUAUUAUAAAAUAUGAUAUAUACCUAAUAUAUUGUAUUAUUAAUUAAUUUUAAAGGCGGAAUUAAAACGUGUUACGGAAAGGCUGAGGGAAAAAGAAUUUCGCCAUCCGCCUGUUGGCCGCUCUUCGGAAAGUUCGUCUAAUCCAACAUCAGAAGAACGAAUGAUGGUCACUGAAAAUGAUAAACACAGAGAAAGUCCGGUAAAUUCGAACAGACAGCGGUUAAUGGCUGACCGGGCGAAACACAUGUCUCGUUCAAUACCAAAUCUUGCGACAAAGUUAAAUGAAGACGAUAAUAUCCGCUGUACAGGUGAAGGUUCAUCAGCCACGGGUUCUAAUGAUGAAAAUAAGAAUCGAGACAAAAGAGACAUCAAGCCGAAAAUAAGGUAAUAAAUAUAAUACUAAAUACCAUGCAGUUUAUUUUAAUAAUAUAAAAAAUUAUAUUAUAAUAUAAUUAAAUUAUAUUUCUUGUUUUAGUGCACCGGAAAUAAAGCCAAAAACAUUUUAUUUCGGUAUGAAUGAAUUAAAUGAUACAACAAAGAUUAGUAAAACCUCCGAAGAUGUAGAUCGCUUUGCUGAAAGUUUUAAUAAACCAAACGGUUCACCUUCAGAUAGCAUUGUUAGUAGUGGUCCAACAGAUGAGGUACGAUUUUACAUAAAAAUAUAUUUUAUUCCCCUAGACAAUAUAGUUUCAUAAUUAAAAUUAAAUUGCUAAUCAGAGCAGAAACAUACAUUACAUACAUAUUACACAAACAUGUUUUCAAUUUUAAAUAUUCAACUAUUACAAAUGAUAUUUAAUUUAUGUGAAUGAAAUUAUAAAUAAACCAUAACUUUUUAAUAACUAGGUAUUAUUGUUGUAUUUAUGAAAUUUAUUUUUAUACAUCUUUUAUACAUUAAGAUAAACAAAAUAAACAUUCUGAAUAUUUUAUUUUCACUAAUUAAACAUGUAGAUUUUAAAUUCAAAUAAUGCACAAAUUAAUUUAGUAUUUAAUUGUGUUUGUUAAAACCUAUAUUACAUUAGAAGUUCAUUUAUUUCUCAUUAUUUAGUUAAAAUUAUUUUCUCGUUUUUAUAAUAGAGCGGUGGAGACAUAUCACUUCAAUUAAGACCUACAUUACCUAGAAAGCAAUUUGAUAUACCCAGAUUUAGCCCAACGGCUGCUUGGCGCUUGCUCACUGCCUUAGAAAGUCCAACGCCAGUUAGUCCAAAUUGUAGUGGUGGGGAAGAAGAUUUAAUACCAAUUAUAGAUCAACCUCAUAAUUCUGGUGAUAAAUCUGGAGAUAGUGGCAUUUCAGGAGAUGCCAGUCCACAUUCAGCUCAUAAUUCACAAGUAAUUGAUUAUUAUUUACACUAUUUUAAAUACAAAUUGAAUACGAUGAGAUUAUUUAACAUGCAGGCUGCUUGGACUCCACAACAAGAUUUAGAAGAAACAAGUUCCGAUGGGGGAUUAGAUUCAGCGCCAGUAUCGCCUCAAAGUUUGGAUACAACACAAUUUUCUAGAACCCGCACAGUAGCUAGGCCAAGUUUUUGUUUAUCUUUACCUAGAGAUGAGAAUGUAGGAAUUGAUAGAAGAUAUGGACAAUUGGUAAGUAUUUUUUUUGGAAAUGAUAAUAUAUUUAUAUAUUAAAAUAUUUUGUGUUAUGUAAAGAAUGAAGAUUUUUCACCAAUGAACCCACCCAAAUCCAAUAACUAUUUCAAAUCUAAGCUGAAUAGAGGAAAAACAUCAACAGACAGGAACAAAUCACACUUGGAUGAGAACUGGGUGUUAAGUAGAAGUGUUCCUGAUUCGUUACAUCAAUCUGGUUUAGUUGGUAAUUUCCCAUCACAAAACUGGAGCCAUUUAGAAUGUCAAAACGGUGAAGAACCUGCUGAUGAAGAAUUAGCUAUGACAUCAUUACCAAAAUUUUCAUACUUAGCGGCGGGUAGACGAGCCAUGUAUUUGCCAGAAUAUAAAUCAUUAAACUAUUUAUAUCAGAAGUACAUUAGUUAAAUAUAUAAAUUACUUUUAGAUGUAUUUAAAAUUGUGUUUUUAUUCAAAGGGAUGUGCCAAGUGUUCCUGAAAACAAAACUAUUGUAUCAAAAUCAUGUGAGGAUCUAACUAGAGAUGAUCAAGAAGACGACCAAUUAGUUGGCAUAAAUGAAAGGGCAAAACAAAAAUCAACAAGUAAGAAAUUUGCAUUUCAAAGUACUAUACGGCAAAUUGAACGUAAGAAAAUAGCAGAAAAAUUAUCAAAAGAAGCGGAGUACAAAGGUAAAGAAUAUUAUAUUUUAACAAACUUGAUAUGGUCAAAUUUUUUACUGUGGUAAAUAAAUGAUUUUAGAGCGCCAAAGACUUAGUGAGAUGGAAGCUAUGCGUCAAGUGGAAGAAGAGUUUCAACGAAAACGGGAAAGAGAAAAGGCAGACAUUCGACAACAGUUAAGACUAUAUACGUUAACUCAAGGUGAUAGGGAACCAGCACAACCUCUUCCAUCUGGUACUCAGGUUCUUUCAGAAUUCCGAGAGUCUCGACGAGAUUACAAAGAUUUCAGUUCGUCUAGGUGAAAAUUAUUUCAUAGUAAACACAUUAAUUUUUUCUAAAUUAAUAAUAUUUAUCAACAAAAUACAACAUGUUUUAUUAGAGUUGAACAUGAACCUAAUAAUCGUGCUGAAACUCCUGUAAAAAAAUCGACAACUGUGCACCCCAAAGUUGUGUACCAAAUGCCCAAAAGUACUGCAGUGUAUGUGACACCAAAUUCAGUUCGAAAGCAAUGCAAUGGAAUCGAAAAAGGAUUGUCUACACCCACGAAUGGAAACUAUAGAAGAGAUUUUGCUCAAGGAGCUUUACCACAUUCUGUAGCCAGUUCAGACUCUGAUGUAUCUGGGUCAAAUACUCGACCAACAUCACGUACUAAACACCGAAGCAGGUAGAUAAAUUUAUCAACAUUGACUAAAACUAAUACUAUAACUACCUACUAACUGACUAAACUUAACAAAAAUUAUAUUUAUAUUAAUCGACAACAGAUGACUUAGUAAGUUUGUAAUGCAUGAUUACAAUUUUUAAGUACAUCAUAAAGUUGCAUAAUUAAAAUUGCAACAAACACUUCACAAAAGUAAUAAGUAUUGACUUUUUAAAAAAUAGACUAAAUUAUAUUUUGGACAAAACAUAAGUUUUAAAUUAUAACUAACAAAUUAAGUAUAUACAUACUGUUUAUUAAAAAAAUAGCAAUAGAUUACAAAUAAAAUAUUAUAAAUAUUAUUUUUAUAAAAAUUUAUUGUAAGUCAACAAUUAGCUGAGAUUUUGUGGAAGGUUAAGUCUUUAAACAAGCAAUUUUAAAAUUUAAUGAACAACCAGAAAUUGAACAAUACUAUUAAAACUAAACAAAUUUCAACAUAUAAAAUAGCAAUUCUAUGGCACAUAAACUGUUUAUAUACAAAAUGAUUCACUAAGGGUGCUCACCCUUUCUUCUUUUUCUUUUUCUUUUUUUUUUUUUUGUUAAAUUUUGAAUACAUUCAAAUUCUGAUUAUUGGAACUUUUAGGUGUAGUUAAAGCCGAUAUUUUCGAAAAUUCAUUUAAGAACAACAUAUAAGAAGUAUCCUGUAACAAUACCAACUAUGGUUUUUUAAAUGAGAACCUAUUAAAAAUUCCAUUAAUAGACUUAAUAGGACUAUAAUAGAAAUAUUACUUUAAAUAAGUUUUAACACCAAAAUUUAUUUAAAGUGAUACCACGUCUAUUUAUGAAAUUUUUAAUAUAUGUUCUCAUUUGAAAAAACCAAAGUUGAUAUCACCACAGGAUACUUCUUAAAUGUUGUGAAAAAUUUAAGUAUUCCCUUAAAAAUUAAAAAUUCUAAAAAUCAGAAUUUGAAUAUAUGAAAAAUUUAACCAAAAAAUGGGGUAAGCACGCUUAGUGAAUCAUCAUGUAUAUAUUUGAUAAAGAAAUAAAAACAAAAUCUUCCUUAUAGUGUUUUCUUUAAUAAUAUUUUAUAUUUCUCGUUAUAUAUUAACAUAACAUUGUCAUAAAAAAAAAAAAAAAUAUUUAAAAACGAGAAAAAUUAACAAUUGUUUUAACAUUUUGAAUUACACUGCUAAGUAAAAUAGUAUCCACUGAUACCGUUACAAAUUAUAAAUAAAUUGAGUAAGGUAUGUAGGUUAUUAAAUACUAAUUUAUAUUUAUAUGAUAUUUAAUAUAAGUAUUGUGCAUUAUAAUAAUGUACAGUAAAUGGAUAAUUAUUAAAUUUGGUUAUGGUGGAUGCUAAUUUUAAGAACACAUUGACAUUGUUAAUAUAUAUAUAUUAUACCUGCUGACGCAAAACGCAUUAAGUUCUUAAUAGUAAUUUUUGGAAUUACAAUUUUUGAGUAAACGGAUACGAUAUAAACUGUAUGCCACUGAUUUAUAUGUAAUAUUAGCUACCUACUCAUGAACACGAUGACAAACAAUUAAUUAAAACACAAGACUUUUUACUCCAUUAACCAACUUUUUAAUAAAUUUAAAGAUUAUCAAUACAAUAACAUCAAUUUUUACAUAUCUAUUUACUCUACUAACUUCUAUUAUUAUGCUUUGGUUAACAAUUCUAACACAGGUUUUAGCAAGUACAAAGUUCAGGAUUAAGUGUGUAUUCUAGUCAACAAAUUGAAGUCACCUUAUAGGUUGGUAGAAAAUGUUGUUUGGUAUAUUAUACUUUUAUAUUAUAACAUUAUUGAAUAAUAUUAAAAUAUAUUUGUUCGUAUUUAGAUCAGCCAGUCCAAUUUCUGAUCGAGAAAACAAUGACAUUUCAAAUAAUCUUAGUUUUAUAAAUAUCAUAAAAAACUUGAAACAACAAGAAAAUAACAAAAAGGUAAAUAUAUUUUUAAAAAAAAGAACAACUUUUCAUAAUAAAUAUGAUCAUUUUUAUUCUUAUUAGAAAUUAAAUGAAGUUACCAGUGAAUUGAUAUCGACUAGUUCUACAGUCGGUGUAAACACUCUACAACCAUUUAUAAAAAAUAAAAAUUCAAUGUACAAACCUAUUGUUUUCAAUCCGAUAAACAAAACCAAAUUUGCUCAACCAUUGAUGUAG